GACAGCCGUGAGGGAUAUACAUAGCUUUGGAAUAUGUUGGUGCUAUAUACAUUUUAUAAAUCAAUAACUGUUACUAUUCAAGUGCAUACAAUAUAUGCAAGUCUCUCGAGUAUCCCAUAGUAUUCUUGUCAUUCUGUUUGCUGACUAUUUCCCCAUUCCAUGUGUCUCCCCAUACUUGUGGUCUCCCCUGUGUCUGUACUUCCUCUCUCUGUCUGUGUGCAUCCCUCUCUCCCCUCUGUGCUCAUCCUCUUCCCUCUCUCCUGGGUGGGUCCAGGCUGAGUCAGGAUGCUGUGUCUGAGUGUGUCAGCUUGGGGGGGAGCCUAGAGUCCCCGCUGGGCUAUUCAAUGUUGUUAACAGACACUUUCCUCAGGCUGAGACCCUGCUGAGCAUCUCAUCAACUCUCAGAGUGAGUGCAAUAUACUUCUGUAAGAUUGCAAAGGGGGCCGGGCAGCUGGGGGGGCUUUGUUUCCUAACAGUGCCCUUCCCUAUAAAUCCAGCUCUUGACCCUCUCAGCUAUCAGAAGGUACCUCGGCAACUGGACUGAACUGUGCCCUCUAAAGAGUGACCUGUGCAAGGGAGAGUGACACUAACAGAGCUGGAAAAAAGUGACAAGGAGAAGAGGUGUCCCACACAUUGGUAACUGGAGCACAGAACUGGAAGGGUACAGGGUACUGGACUCAUUCAAGGGGCUACGACGCUGAUUGCAGCAGGGUAUAAUGCAGGUAUCCUAUGCCCAUCUCCUGCUGCUGCUCACUCUAUGGAUACUAUGUGCUGAUGCUUCACGACGUAAGCUUUUUCUGCCCAUUAAACCUGAGCAGGAUCAUCUGCCAUCCAAGUCACAGAUCGGUUGUUAUCUUGGAGAUAAAAUGUACUCCCUGGAAGAUACAUGGCAUCCAGACCUGGGAAAACCAUUUGGAGUAGCUCACUGUGUUGUAUGCCGGUGUGAAGUGCAACGAAAUCGUUGGGGAAAAGAAUCUGGGAAGAUCAGCUGUAAGAGCAUUAAGAGUCACUGCCCUUCACCUACCUGUGCUAAUCCCAUUGAAAUCCCUGGACAGUGCUGUCGGGUGUGCCCAAAAACUCUUCCUCCCCCUCCUUCUCUGAAAAAAAAAUCUGAAUUUAUAUUUGAGGACUUUGAGUAUUUCCAAGAAAAAGAUGAUGAUCUUUAUAAUGAUCGCUCCUACCUAAGCUCGGAUGAUGUCGGUGUGGAAGACAGCCGCACAGAGUAUGUGGCAUUUUUGACUGCUUCCAGUCUGGUGUGGCCUCCAGUUAACAGUGGUGUUGCUAAGGCUAAAUUUAACUUACAGCGCUCCAAUUUACUAUUCUCCAUCACCUACAAAGGGAUGGAUAGCCUUUCCCGUGUCCGUUUCUCGGAUUCUGAUGGUAAUGUGUUAUUUGAGCAUCCAGUACACAGAGUAGGCUACCCGCAAAGUGACACAAUCUGUGGUAUAUGGAGGUCUGUCCCUCGCUCAUCAUUACAUCUUCUGCGUUUGGGGCACAUUCUUGUUUCCUUGGUUACAACACUUUCUGAAUCUGAAAUUUCCGGCAAGAUUGUUCGUCACAAAGCUCUGUUUUCAGAGUCUUUUAGUGCCCUUCUAACACCGGACUCCACAGAGGAGGCAAUACAGAGAGGUCUUGCUAUGCUGACACUAAGUGAUGUGGAUGACAAUCUGCACUUUAUCCUUAUGCUCAGGGGAAUGCAAGGAGGAGAAAAAGAAAGGAUUCCAAUAACUGUGCAAGUUAUUCAUCAAAAUCAUGUUAUACGAGAGCUCUAUGCUAAUAUUACAGCACAGGAGCCAGACUUUGCAGAGGUUUUACCUGAUCUCUCCAGCCGUGAAAUGCAAUGGCUUGCUCAGGGUCAUCUGAAGAUUGCAGUACAGACAGAGGGAAGACACGGACAACGUAUAUCCGGCCCUAUCACCGUCAGAAAGUCAUGUGACACGCUACAGAGUGUGUUGUCAGGAGGGGAUGCUUUGAACCCUACAAAGACAGGAUCAGUGGGAUCAGCAACUGUUACGCUACAUGAAAAUGGAACACUGGAGUAUCAGCUUCAAGUUGCUGGCAUUAUGAGUGUAGUGACAGCAGUGACCUUAGAGACUAAGCCUAGAAGAAAAGUUAAGAGAAACAUUCUGCAUGAUCUGACGAAGGACUACCAUGAUGGAAAGGCUUGGGGAUUCUGGACAGGUGCCAAUGCCAGAGAUCUGCAUAUGCUGCUCCAGAGCGAGCUUUUCUUAAAUGUAGCCACAAAGGAUUUCCCAGAAGGCGAACUUAGGGGGCAGAUUACACCUUUGACGUACAGUGGAUUGUGGGCCAGACAUGAAGAACUUCCAAUACCUUUGGCUGGACAAUUUGUGUCACCACCCCUCAAGACAGGAUCAGCCGGGCAUGCAUGGGUAUCUCUGGAUGAGCAUUGUCACUUGCACUAUCAGAUUGUAGUCACUGGCCUGGGACGUGUGGAGGAUGCAGCACUAAAUGCUCACUUACAUGGCUUUGCUGAACUGGGCGAGGUCAGUGAGAGCUCCCAUGGACACAAGAGACUUUUGAAAGGCUUCUAUGGUUCAGAGGCUCAGGGCAGCGUGAAGGACCUUGAUCUACAGCUCUUUAGACACCUAAACGAUGGAACAGCCUUCAUUCAAGUGAGCACAAAACUAAACCCACGAGGAGAGAUUCGGGGUCGGGUACAUAUUGCGAACAGUUGUGAAUCAGGAGGUGCAACACAGUCUCCUGAAGAUAUAGAACGUGAGUUAACUGAAAAGGUGAAUGUUCGCCACCCUGAAGAUCUCCAGAAAGAUCCAAGAUCCUGCCAUUUUGAAGGAAAAUUGAGGGCCCAUGGAAGUCGUUGGGCCCCUGACUAUGACAAAAAGUGCUCUGUAUGCAGCUGUCAGAAGCGCACAGUUAUCUGUGACCCUAUUGUUUGCCAACCUGUAAACUGCACCCAGUCCAUCCAGUUGCCUGAUCAGUGCUGCCCAGUCUGUGAAGAGAAAAAAGAAAACAAAGAAGUAAAAAAAAAUGGAAAACCUCAAAAUGAAGGUUGUUAUUUUAAUGGCUUAUGGAGAGCAGCUGGCACACGCUGGCAUCCUGUGGUUGAACCCUUUGGCCUGGUAUUAUGUGCAACUUGUUCAUGCAAGAGUUCCUCACAAGACUUGCACUGUGUGCGAGAAACCUGUCCUCGUCUGACUUGUGCCAACCCUAUCCGUGCCAAUCCAAUGGACUGCUGCAAGAAAUGCCCAGUUGACGAGAAAAACCCCUUGGAUUUGGCAGACAGAAUGCAAUCUGAUCAACCAGGACAGUGCAAAGUUAUGGGUCAGCUGUACGCAAACAAUGAAAAAUGGAAUCCUACAGUGCCAACAUAUGGUGUGGUGAAAUGUGUUACCUGUGUUUGUGUGGAUGGGGUUCCUCAGUGUGAAAAGCAGAAAUGGAAAUGCUCUGAUCCUGAGUGUACUGAAAUGCCAGACAGCAUUUGCUGCAGUGACUGCGAAGCUGACGAACAACCUGGGAGUACAUGGAGCUACUAGACCUAGAGAGGAGGACUCUAUUCAGUGCGGGAUGAGAAGAUUACUACAAAAAGUUGUAUUUGAACACAACCGCUGGAAUUUGAUUCCACCGUGGCUAUGGAAUUUAUUGUAUUAGUGGUAUGUGAUGCCAUAUCUACUCCACUUUACAGGACCUUCAAAUUGUAACCAAUUUAUGACAUAUGAAGGACUUAUCUUUCCUUGGUAAGCAUCAAGACAAUUGCCAGACUGUGAUGUCAUCAGUUUUUUUCCUGGCCACUGCAAUGCCGUAACCUCAAGAUAGAAUCAAUGAGCUAAUAGUUUGUUUCAACUCAUCUUAUACCAAGACUAUGGCAUGGCAGAUAUAUCUGCUUACUGCAACCAUCUUCGGAUAGUACAGAACUCCUACAGAACUACAGUGAAAUCAUCUGGCAAACAUCUCAAGACAACUGCAGACUUUGUGGGAUUCUACAAGACUUUCUGGUGCCAAAAACUCUCUUGACAAUUUAGUUUCUAGACAACUAUGGGACUAUGUAAUAUUAUAACUUUAACCAAAGCUUUUGCCGACAAUUAGAUGUUACACUAACUGCAAAACUAGAGGACUUCAUAACCCCCAGUAUUGUGCUACACUUAUCACUGCAAGGACACAGGACGCCUAAGGUGCCUGUAACAAUAUAAUAUGUGACUUUUUGAGGGCCCUACUUUCACAAUUUAGCUUAUGUGUUGUAUAGAAGCAAAACUACGUUCUACCUCCUCCAAGACCUAGACAGGUCAGUUCCAGAAAUGUGCCUGGAAGCAGCACACAAUUUUGGGAGAUGUUCUAAAUAGAGACUGCAUAUGUGCAUUGCUCAACAGGUAUAGUUUCAGAGACAUUAGAUAAUUUUUUGUAGAUUUGGAUGAGAAGUUGUGUGACAAAGGUUACAAUAUGGAUGUAGGGAUAAACUAUAUGUACAUAGAGUAUGUACAUGCAUAGUGUGGGUUAAUAUGUCGAAUGUAUGAACAUACACACGUAUUUGUUCUGUUUUUUUUUUUUUACCCCACCAAUUCUUUGAGGAAUGUGUAUUAUUUAUAGUGCUUUUGUUGAAUGCAAAUCGACUGUGCAAUUUAAUUAUUAAUGUUGAAUGUAUUUAUUACGUAAAUAAACUGCU